AGCAUAGCUCUCCUAGAUAUUGUUUACAAGAUUACUGAAAGAGAAAAAUGAAGGAGAAAGACCAAACUAUCGAUAUUGUGGAAAUUAUAGACUCUUCAAAAAUAAAACUGCUGUCCACUAGCAUUUUGGAUAUAUACAACAGUGACCAAGGAUUGUCACCUGCUAAUAUGGGUCUUACAAAUGCUUCCUGCCCAUCUACUCUACCACUAAAAAGGGAAAUCACAGAAGCAGAUACACGAGCAAUGGCAAAGGAGAGACAAAAAAAGGACAACCACAACCUCAUUGAAAGAAGAAGAAGGUAUAAUAUUAAUUACCGAAUCAAGGAGCUUGGCACGCUUAUUCCAAAGUCUAAUGAUCCUGAUAUGCGCUGGAACAAAGGAACUAUUUUAAAAGCAUCAGUGGAGUACAUCAAGUGGCUACAAAAAGAACAACAGAGAGCUAGAGAAUUAGAACACAGACAGAAGAAAUUAGAGCAGACUAACAGAAGACUUCUACUUCGAAUUCAGGAACUAGAAAUACAGGCUCGUGCUCAUGGGCUACCACUCAUGUCUUCACUCAGUGCUGUGGAUGUAGCUGCCCAGGUCAUCAAGCAACAGACAUAUCCAGAGGAGAAUUCCAUAGACUAUUCUCAGCAACUGGUUCUGGUACAUGGACCAAGUGCUGAUCUUUGUGAUGGAUCCACAGCCUUUUCUGAUCCUCUCUCGCAUUUCACCGAUUUGUCUUUUAGUGCUGCUUCAAAAGAAGAACAAAGGUUAGAAGAAAUCUUACUGGAUGACACAAUAUCGCCAUUUGGAACAGAUCCACUCUUGUCUUCAAUAUCACCUGCUGCAUCAAAAGAGAGCAGCAGAAGAAGUAGCUUUAGCACAGAUGAUGGAGAUGAUUUCUAAAACUAGAAAGGGCAUAAUUAAUUUUGAUAAUCUUUUGUUGGUGCUAAGAGAUUGUAUUAUGAAUUUAAGUGUGAUGUUUGUACUCAGUUCUAAGAAGGUGGAGAACUGUUGUGGACAUAAGCUGCUGCAUGGGUAGGAUGUAGGUGACUGCAUAUGUCACAGAAAGAUGAAAGAUGGACCUGGAUUCAUAUCUCUUUGCCCAGAAUUGACUACACCUGUUCAGAGCUAGCAUUUGCACAGACACUUCCUUGUUCACUGGGAAGGCUUUAGCCAUUUCCCCUCACAUUCUCACAGCAGUAUUAAAAUGGUUCCCAGAAAAAUGAAGACCCACAUUGCAAAAACUCUGUGGAAUCUACCACUCGGUUCACUCAAAUUUAACAAUGUUUUAGUCAGAAAUAUUUGUUAAUUUCUUUUUAAAUGAAAAGGAGAAAUUUCAAUAUAUACAACAAUUGCAACACAACAAUGAGGAAAUGUUUGAAUGUGAUGUUCCUGCAAUAGAGAGGUUACAAACAUCAAAAAAAAAAGGGAGCACAGGGCUCUUGUCAGAGUAAAGUCCGCAUAAAUUCAGUGCUUCAUGAACUGCAUCUCCUUCUUUUUAUAAUGAAGCCACAAAGUCCAUAAAGUUGUGUUCAGAAUCCUUAUCAUUUCUGUUUUAUUCCUAUUUAGAAAAGUAUCCAAUAUUUUAUAUUUAUUUUCAAACGCUUUAGUGUAACUGAAGAAAAACAAAAACUACCUUAAUGAUACUGAUUUAAAAGAAUUAAUCAGACAAACAGAUGCAAGGUUUAAGCAGCUUCAAGACAGAUUCUGUUCAGGCAACAGAACAUACUAAGAGUGCAGGUAUGUUCAAGACACAAUGAAUAUAUUCAGUGUUACAGAUAGUACAAAUAAAAACAGACAUUAGUGCUAAUAUGGCUAACACCAGCUCUUUGUUGCAAACUCUUCUCUCUACUGCUUUUCUUGAGAGAGCUUUUUCCAGACGUGAAUUGUACCUUGUUUCCUGUUGUGGCAUAAUAAGGUUUUUCUAAAGGGACUAUAUCUAAAUUGAUACCUACGUCUUUGAGCCAGUUGCAUAUGGAAGGCAAUGCACUGGAUUCCCAUUAUAUGCAUUUUGUCAGAGAGAAUUUCACUUUAAAUUCAUCUCUAGAUUCACUAUAAAAAUGAAGUAGGCAGACCUUGGAAUCAUAAGGGAUAUUCCUGAUACCUAUUGAUAUGAUCCACUGCUUUCUAACAUGCUAGUACUGCGCACUCACAAAACAUGUGGAUUGAUAACCCCACAGAGGUUUGGCAGUUGGAAGGCAGGUAGAACACACUUGAUUUUUGUACAUAGUGGGAUUUUGGAGAGUGAGGUAUAUACUUGGAAUAGAUUAAGUGCAAUCAUUCUAAAUCUAAUAGUAAUACACCGGAAAUUGAGCUGACCCGAGGUCUUCAGAGCUUUCCACAACUGAGUCAAAAGAGCAUUGUGGGGGUCUUGGUGCAAGUCAAAAAAUGAUUCAAAAGUAAAAAGUGUUGUGUUCCACUUUGCUCUGCCAGAGCCUGCCUAAAAAAGGUAUCUUAUAGAUAUGGGUAGUGGAGUAGCUAAGGGAGAGUCAAUCAGGCUGCUAGUUGAGUGAAUGCUUUACAUUUAUUGUCCAAGAACGAUGUCUUUAUCCUGAUAGAUUCAUUUUCUUUAAAAAAAAAAAAUUGUGCCCAGAAGUCAAAUGAGAUCUCCUGGAAUAUCCAUUCAGGUUACUAAAUGGAUCAUUCCCUUAGGUAAAUGUUUGUACAGGGGCCAUAGCCCAGACCUGACUAGUGUGCUACAACAUAUCCAAACAGUUUGAGGGCUACAGUUUCCUUAUCUGGUGUACUCUUGAUGGUAUUUUAUCUUCUCAUUCCAUUUCACUUGGACUGACUUCAGUGCAUUGCUAGGAGUUUAAGACAUGGGUUUAUGAAUUGCAUAAUUUCAUCUGAGGUUCUAGGAAGCAUUGCAGACAUGUAGUAAAACCAAUCUCUGUCUGUCUAAAGGAAACAUUUGAGUUUUUCAGUCAACUCAAGGAGUUCUAUUAGCUAAUAUAAAUCAAAUUAUUUAGCCUGUAAGUGCUUUGGGGCAGGGACUCUCUUCUUGUUAUAUGAGUGCCUAUUACACCGGGGCUCUGAUCCUUGAUUGCGGCCCCUAGUUGUUACUACAAUGCAAAUAAACAAUAAUAACAACAA